AGCAGGGCGCGCUAGGCGCGGGCAUCGUGCCGGGCGCAUGAAUGCCCACGCUCGACGACGGCCGAGGGCAAAGAUGGGCGCUCAACGGCUCUCAUCGCACAAGGGCCCGUGUGGUGCCUGGCGCCGUGCCCGAGCGGCCUGCGAUGGCGGCACAGCUUGCUGCUUCCGCCGUCGUUCCGCAGCAGCAUGCGUCGCUUGUGCAUGCGGCAUCGGCAGCGGCUGCGGUUGCGGCCCGGAGCGGUGGGGCCGGCUGCUCUGCUCGCCGCGGCUACUUUGCGCGGUGUCUGCUCGUCGUUCUCCGCAUGCCUUUGCGCGGUGUCUGCUCGUCAUUCUCCGCAGCGCGCUGAGGCAGCUGCCGCUGUGGUGCGCUGGCGCUUGAUGCUGAACCCCUGCGGGUGCAACUCUGUCGCCCGAUGCAGCCUGCCGUCCUGCUGCCGCGAAGGCCCGUCGGAGCCGUCGGCAGGGCGGGCGAGCGCAGGUGAUGGGCCGCACCCAGCGCACUCGCCGGCCGCCGCCGUCGCGAGCCAUCGUCUCCCUCUCACGUUCCGUUUGGCCAGAUCAGAUCCCGCGGUCUUGAGUUCCUUGUCGGAAUGCAUGCAUGCCGGACCUGCGCUGCAUGCGAUGGCUGCACCGCUCUGCUCCACCCCGCCCGUGCCGCUGCAGUGAGGCGCGCCAUGCCUGCGCACCACAGCACAGCAGCACGCCACGCCGCGCCACGCCGCCACGAGGCAGACGGCUUGUCGUCCGUCGAGUUCCGCAAAGCCGCAGCGGUGCGCCCGACGACGCAUGAGGGGAUGAG